AUAUACAUGUAUUGUGAUCAACAAAACUAAAAAGAUGGCAACGUCCACAAGACAGAUGAUGUCUGAAUCCAAAAAAGGAUCAAGACAAUCAAGUUACUUUGCUUUAGUAAACCGAUCACUGUUCGAUCCUUCAUUUCCCAUGCCCAUGUUAAUCAUUCUUUUUAUAGCUGAAAUAGUAGUUAAUUUAGUAGUCAUAGUUAAAAUCAAAUAUACAGAAAUAGAUUGGAUAGCCUAUAUGCAAGAAGUUGAAGGUGUUGUCAAUGGAACUUACGAUUAUUUACAGUUAAAAGGGGACACUGGUCCAUUGGUCUAUCCUGCUGGAUUUGUGUACAUCUUUAUGGGUUUCUACUACUUAACAGAAUAUGGGGCAAAUAUUCGUUUAGCUCAGUACAUGUUUGCUGCCAUCUAUAUGUUGAACCUUCUUGUUGUGUUUGACAUUUAUAGACAAGCAAAAAGGAUUCCACCUUUUGCAUUUUUCUUCAUGUGUGCCCUCUCAUACCGCAUACACUCUAUAUAUGUGUUAAGGCUCUUCAAUGAUCCUGUGGCCAUGUUAUUCUUAUACAUAUCUGUUAACUUGUUCAUGAGGUCGCAUUGGUCCUGGGGUUGUCUUCUCUACAGUCUAGGUGUCUCCAUAAAGAUGAAUCUGCUUCUAUAUUCACCAGCAUUACUGGUAUUAUUAAUAGCCUCACAGGGUAUAAAAGGGACCAUAAAGCAUCUUACUAUUUGCGCCUUGCCCCAAGUCAUAUUGGCCUUGCCUUUCCUUGCAACUAAUCCUUGGGGAUACAUUGUUCGAUCAUUUGACUUGGGACGCCAGUUUUUUUACGUGUGGACUGUGAACUGGCGACUGUUACCUGAAGAAGUCUUCCUCAACAAAUACUUUCAAGCUGGGCUGUUGUUGAUGCAUGUGCUGGUGUUGAUUCUAUUUUUCUGGUUUAAGUGGCGACCGUGUAUUCCUUCACUCAAAUUUCAGUGGUCCAGUAAAGGCUGCAAACCAAACCUCAGUGCUGAUCAGAUACUUUAUGUUUUGUUUUCAGCCAAUUUCAUUGGAAUGUGUUUUAGUCGAUCUCUACACUACCAGUUCUAUGUUUGGUAUUUCCACAGCUUACACUACUUGGUGUGGUGCACACCUUAUCCCAAUGUUCUCAGAAUUCUGUUGCUGGGAGUUAUUGAGUUCUGUUGGAAUACAUAUCCAUCAACAGUGUUGAGUAGCAGUUUGCUCCACGUGUCUCACUUGUUUAUACUUCUGGGUCUGUGGUUAGUUCUGGUCAAAACCGGUUCACCAUCAGCUAAAAGUCAAAAAGAUUCCAGCAUUGGCAAGGUCAAGAUGGGCUAGUUUACCCUGUGUGCAAGCUGUAGGCUAGUAAUGACACUUAACAUAGAUGUUCCAUGACUGUGUGUGAUUAGUGUACCAGUACCAUAUGAUAUUAGUUUUGUGAUAAGUGAUUUACUGAGAUGGUCUAGCAGAGUUUCCCAUUUUUAAUGAAUGGUCCUGUGCUAGCAUCAAAUGGAUGCUUCAGUUGGUUCAAAUCAUAUUAGAUUUCAGUUACACUUGUACAUGAACGAGAAAGCAAGAUAUGCAGUGAUUGUUUUGUAAAGUCUGGUUGUAUGAAAUAAAAUUUUGUGCGGAGGACUUAUUAAAUUUUGUUGACUAAUCAAAUAAAUAAAAAUUCAAUUAACUAAAAUGUUUUAAAUGUUAUUUUGUAAACUAUAAUGCUACAGACAUGAAAUUGCAUUAGAAAGUGUGUCUAGUUUUAGUGCAUAUGUAUUAAAUCUUUGAAUAAUUCAUAGAAAUAUAUGCACACAUAUAUAUAUGACAGUUAUAUUCAUAUUUAAAUAUUUUACUUGAUAUAUUCAUAAUUUUUAACUUUUUGAUGUAAAAAUGUAUAGCUGUACAGGUAUACAAAUUCAAAUGUUGAGGGUUGAUAACUGUCACAAUUUCACAAGAGCUACAGUGAGGUGUGAUACAAAAUAAGAGGGGUACAUGUAUUUGAACUUUUCAUAUCCAUCUGUGUUCAUUGUAUCUCUAACAGAUUAUCUUUAGGCAAAUCACUUUUGAUUUAAAAUCCAGUGGGGCCUACAAAAAAAUUGUAAUCAAUUCAAAACCUGGAUGGGACUUCAUGCUUAUCAUGAAUUGCAAUUGUUGUACAUUGUAAAAGAAAAUGCUUGUUGCCAACAAAUUGUGCAAAAUAUAUUUUAUAUUUGAGAAGUUUUGAUAUUGUCAGCUCGUCCUCACAUAUAGUUGAUAGGAGUAUCUCGUAGAGUUGCACUUGAUAUACAUGUAUCCUUUACAUACACAUGCAACUAAAUAACCAACUUGUAAUCCAGAUUUUCUCAUUCUGCUACAUUACACUAGUUUCAUUGCUACAACUAUUCAAACCUAAAUACAAAAGAUUUAGUAGAGAUCUAGAAACUAGUAUUUAUCUGCCUGUAGCAGUUUAAAGCAUUCAAAUAAACUUUUAAACAGUUCUUUUCAUUAUCUUUGAUCAGGUUUUGGAAGGUUGUGUACAUUAACUUAUUUCUUUCUUGGAAGUGUAGGCAAAAUACACUUUUUUUUUCUCAUGCUUUUCCAUGUCAGAAAAAAAUUAAUACAUUUGAUUAGUGUACAAUUAUUUGUGUGAAUUAACAAUGUGAGGAUCCACUGUAUAAUUUAUAAUUUUGUUGUUAACUCCCCCCUCCCCCAAAGGUAUGCAUGUUGACAUUGUGUUCUGUCAGUACUUCCUGUUUGGACAUUGAUGGAAACUUCUUGAAGAUAUGGUAUCUUGGGUUUUGUCCGUUAGUGUCCCAGAAGUCUACAUAAAAUGGCUGAUGUGUUAUUCAAUUAAAAAAAAAUGUCUUCCAGAAGGUACCCACUCUUGUUUGUUUGUUUGUUUGUAUCUUUGUUGUGGAGAAACGUAUUGACCAAUCCAAUGUGUCAAACAAAGCAGGACAGAAGUCAGCCAGACUACUUCUAGCUCAUAAACAAAAUCAUCUGAAAGAACACUUUUAUGAAGUAAUUUUGUAGAUAUUUUUUAUUAUUUAUAUCUGUUAAGGCUACAUCUUCAUGCAGAUCCUUAUACAUAUAUAUAUAUACAAAAAAAAGUGGUUUAGCUAGUGAAACAGUGGCCUGGGUUGGAGAAAAUGAUGGAGGGCCUUCUCCUUUAAUGUGAGUCUGACAAAAGCCCAACUCUAGCCAUACUAUAUAUAUAUUUAUCUUCUUAUCUUAUAUGAUAUAGACGUUACUUCAAAAAAAAUGAUUACGUCCUACGCGUCAUGGAUUUAGUCAUGCAUAUUAACCAAUUACUUAAAUUCUGCCAUGCUCUAAUAGCGCUAGGGAAGAAAGAGCAUUUGUACAAAUUUGUCCUAGCAUAUGGGACGAGGUAUGUGCCUUUGUCUUUGUGUCUUUCAGAGUAUUUUAUUAAAUUUUGUAUUUGAA